UGUAUAUGCAUUCAAACCACUUUCGUCGUACAUUUCCGCUAACAAUCUAGGAAAUAGGUGGCCGGCGGCGACAGACCGGUCGUCCGCUCAUCUUUCAGGCCACCUUCCGGUGCCGGCGACCCUGUCCCCAUCGCCCCCCUCUACGAGGAUGAUUAUGAACCCGACAUUUCCACUUCAGCUGCAGCCAGUCCUAAUUUAUCCAGCUUAAGCUCUACCGACUUGUUAAUCACAGAAUCGCCCACAAUGCAAGUAAUGGAUCGUUCUAUGGACAUGUCGCAUAGGAUACCUUCUUCUGUGUUUGAACUAGACCACUCUUCGGACCCAAUACAGUGGAGUACAGCCUCCAGUGAAUCAUUGUUCAGUAUCCACUUAGGGAAUACCAGUAUUUCCGGGGAUUAUGGUCUUCGGUGCUCUGAUGAGCGUGGAACGACAGGAGAGGCUUCUAUAGAUCGUCCAGUCCCCACACGCCAGGUUUCUGAUCGCCCUAGUGUUAAAUUAAGAGCAGUGGAAGCAUCUCUUGAAGAAGAGGGCUCAAGGGAAAGUGAAGAUCACAAUCAUGAGAAAUCUUUUCCCGAGGGGAGGGGAAGUAAUGCCAGUGUGAAAUCCUUCGCGUUUCCAAUUUUGGCAGGCGAAGAUUCUACGGGGAAGCUUGGCUGCUCUGCCAGAUUCCCAGAACCACAGCCAGCACCAUCGCCGAUGCAGGAGAUAGAACCAUCGCCACAAUCAGAACCCGAGGCUGCUCAAAAGAAAUGGUUUUCUUGCUUCCCUUGUUGCCCAUAGGAAAGUUCAUUUCGCCCGAAUUUUAUCCGCCUUCACUGCUCAAGCAAAACUUGAGGUUUAGAGUCAUUGUGAUGUAUACUUUUGGCAUCAAAAGAUUGGCUAAGAUCUAAUUAAGAAGUCACCUUUUAAGCUCUCACAUGUAGUCAGGAAGAGCUGGUGCAAUUUUUGAGGUAUUGUUUUUGGUCCAAUGCAAAUUUUUGUAUAGUAAAGCAACUGCUAGCUGCCAAAAAAAAAAAAAAAGUGUUAUCAUAGCAAUUAGCAACAAAACUUUGUUAGGCUGAUGAAACAUCAGAGAACAGUGUUGUCCAUUUUCUAGUGCUUAUCA